AUUUUUUUUAUCAUGAAAAAUCAUCAGUAAGACGGAUUUAAGUUGGAGCCGAGUUCAUUAUCUAUCUGAGCUCGACAUCUGCCCGUAAUUAACAGGCUGAAAAUAUCUAUUCAAUGCCCCUACAACCUUACUAUAAAUCCUUGUCGAUACCUUGAUUGUCCACUAACUGAAAGCUGCAUUCUUCUCUCUUCAGCUGCUUUUUUCAGUACUAAUGGCUUCAUCAGCUCUUAUGAUUUCUCCGAGAAGGCUCCGAUCAGAUGUUUACUCUUAUUCCUAUCAGAAUGAUUCAAACAUUCCAUUGGUAAUAUCAGUUCUUGCUUCUUUGAUAGAGAGAAGUAUGGCUAGGAAUGAAAGAAUUGUUAAAAACUGUGCGUGGGCAUUGUCAAAAGACCUCAGAACUCGAGUUUUCGAUUGCCAUGAGAUACCAGACAUGACAAUUCAAUCUUAUCUCGAGAGAAUCUUCAGAUACACUCGCGCUGGACCUUCUGUUUACCUCGUUGCUUACGUUUAUAUCGAUCGCUUUUGCCAGGCCAAUCCAGGAUUUCGAAUUCAUGCAAGAAAUGUACAUAGACUUCUCAUCACAACGAUCAUGGUGGCUUCUAAAUAUGUCGAAGACAUGAAUUACAGAAACUCAUACUUUGCUCGAGUCGGCGGAUUGACGGCCAAUGAGUUGAACAAAUUGGAGCUGGACUUUCUGUUCUUGAUGGGUUUCAGAUUACAUGUGAAUGUGAGCGUUUUUGAGAGCUAUUGUUGUCAUUUAGAAAGGGAAGUGAGCAUUGGAGGAGGUUAUCAAAUAGAAAGGACAUUGCGGUGUGCUGAAGAAAUCAAGUCAAGGCAAAAGGAAGAAAGAAGAUUCAAUCAAAUUGCUCGGAUUAUGUUGUAAAUUAAUAUCAAAGUUCCGUCCCAGGUGCCUGUUUUGUGUGCCAUGGUGAUAGAAUUAAUGGUGUACAGAUAAAUAUAUAAGAGAGUUAUGGCUGAUUUGAGUUUUUUUAGGCAAA